AUGGCCCCCAUGUAUGCGAAUGCUUUCAUGUAUGAAUCCGAAACCAAGUUCAUUCUUCAAAACUACACUCAGCAAAUCAUUCGCUACUUCAGAUUUAUCAAUGAUAUUCUAAUUUUAUGGGUGGGCUCUAAAGAAGAGGCUGUUCAAUUUGUACAUGAAGAGGCUGUUCAAUUUGUACAUGAUUUGAACGAUUUGCCAACUCAGAUGAGAUUAACUUCGACUAUUAAUGAACACAGCAUACAAUUUUUGGACAUAGAGAUCAUGAUCAUUGAUCAGAAAAUUGAAUAUAAAUUGUAUACUAAAUCCACGGACUGCAACACCUUACUUCAUUUUAAGAGCUUUCACCCCCAACAUCUCAAACAGGCAUUACCUUAUUCACAAUUUCUACGAGUUUUACAGAACAAUUCGCUUCUCAGAGACCAACAGCUACAGCUUAUGUAUGAGACAUUUCGAUCAAGAGGAUAUCCUCGGUGGACCUUGGAUAAAGCUUUAAGUAGAGCAAGAACUACCUUUGCACCCUCUCUUUCUGUCCUUCAGAAACCGGCCAACAUCAGAAGUACGUUCCCAAUGCUUUUUAACACAGCAAACCCCGAGCUGACAUCUACAAUUCGCAAGAACUGGAAUACAUUGUCAUCAGAUCCAUCUCUUCCUGAGAUUUUCCGUCAAAAACUUAUGAUCUGUUACCGCCGUAACAAGAUUUUGAAGGAUCUACUGGUUCAGACUGACCCACGACACUGUUAUAGUCCAGUCCAGAAAGAAAACACAAACUUGGGGUGUGUGAGGUGUUUGGGAUGCGUGACGUGUGGUCAUCUAAUCCCUUCCAAAACCUUCACACACCCAUAUACUGGCAAGAUAUACAAAGUCAAAAUCCUAUUCCGGGCCGUGGAGGAGACAGAGGGAAACUCUUAUUAA